AUGUCUUCUCGGAAUCGAAUGUCAACUUCAUCUGCUUCUAAAAUCGAUCAUCCUUCAUUAGCUCUUACUGAGAGUUAUGAUGAAGAGAUCGCUCCUUUACUUACAACUAUUGAUCAAAUUCGAAAUCGAAUCGCUGAUAUAGAUACAACAAUUGAUCUACCAGCUAUUGUCGUUAUUGGUGAACAAAGUUCAGGUAAAAGUAGUGUUUUAGAAGCUUUAUCUAGUAUUCCUCUACCGCGCGGUGGUCAACAUAUGACAACAAAAUGUCCUCUUGAACUUCGUAUGCGUCGUUCAUCAACAUGGCAUGCAAGUCUUGAAUGUUCUGGUCGUCUCAUACGAGAUAAUAUUCCGAAUGCACAUGAUAUUGGUCAACAUAUAAAUCAUGAACAAAAUCGUUUAACAAGUAAUCGUGAUCAAAUAUCCAAACAAGUUCUUUUACUUAAUAUUCAAGCACCUUGGUUACCAAAUUUAACAUUAAUUGAUCUACCAGGUAUAAUACAAGUAACAUCAAAACAACAAGAUAGUGCAUCAGUUAAUAUAAUUGAAGAAUUAAUACAAGAAUAUCUUGAUAAACCAUCAACAAUUAUUCUUGCUAUUAUUCAAGCUUGUAAUGAUAUUGAAACAUCAGCAGCUAUUAAAUAUGCUAAAAUGUUUGAUCCCGAUGGUGAACGAACAAUUGGUGUUUUAACAAAACUUGAUCUUGUUGAUCGUGGUGCUGAACAAAAAUUAUUAGAAGUAUUUGAUAAUAAACGUAUUCCAUUAAAACAUGGUUAUUUAAUGGUUAAAUGUCGUACACAAGAAGAUAUUGAUAAUAAUAUUGAAUUAAGUGAAGCACUUCGUAAAGAAGAACAAUUUUUUUCGAAAUCAUCAAAAUUUCAAUCCGUACCAAUUGAAAGACGUGGUUGUCCAUCAUUAGCACGAUUUUUAACUCGUGAACUUGUUCGAAAUAUUAAACAAUCUUUACCACAUCUUAUUACAGAUUUACGUGGAAAAAUUAACAAUAUUGAACAACAACUUCGUCAUUUAGGUAUUGAUGAUUAUACACAAUUAUUACUUACAAAUGAAGCACGUUCAAGAUAUUUAACUGAUAAAUUAUUUGCUGCUAUGCAAUUAUUUCGUACAGAAAUUCAUGGAGUUGAAGAAGGUGCACAAGUGAAUAAUCCAUUGUAUGCUAAGAGAAAUGAAUUAAAUCAACAAUUUUAUAAAAAUAUGCAUAAUUGUAAAUUUGAGAAUACUCAACUUAUUCAAUUAAUCAAAUCAGCUAUGAUUGCUACACAAGGACCAGAACCAUCCGAUUACAUUUUAUUUCGUGUAACAAAAACUGUAUGUCUUAAUUAUAUAAAAGCCAUACGUGUGCCAAUGGAACAAUAUUUAUCACAUAUGAUUGAACGUACAAAUAAUGUUAUAUCAAAUGUAAUCAAUAAAGUAUUUCAUAUGCGUCCAAAUUUAUUAAAUCAAAUACGUUUAAUGCACGAAACUCUUGAGCAACAAUUAAAGUCAGAAUGUCAUAAUGAGUUAGAAUUAAUGCUUGAAAUGGAGGAAUCAUUUGUGUAUGCUGAUAAUCCAUUAUACAAAGAAACAUUAAAACGAAUUAAACGUAUACACCAACAAAAUUCUCAUGAUGCCUUAACAACAACAAUUGUACAAUCAGCGCGAAUACCUUAUACAACAACAAAUGUAUCAACAAAUUCUAUAACAACAUCAUUAAAACGAACCAAUGGUGCAAUGAGUGAAGAUAAUGAUGAUGAUCUUGAUGAAGAAUUUAGUCCACCAGUUAAAAUAUCUCGACCAAAUAAUUCUUCAACAAAUCGUUCAUCUUCAUUUUGGAGUAACUUAUGGCCUACUUCACGACAGGAUAUUCCCGAAAAUCUCACUUCAGAUACUAACGACAUUCGUUCGUCAUCCGAGUAUGUUUCAUCAUCAAGACCAGUAAUUUUACCUGCAACAACAAAUGUUGUCAAUGAUAAUACAAUCGAUGAAGAAAUUAUUGACUAUAAAAUUCGUAUAUUAACAAUGCAAGACAUUAUAUGUCAACGAAUUAUUUUAACAUUUCCUCAACGUAUUGAAUAUCAACUUGUACGAAAACAAUUUUCUCAACUUGAUUUACAAUCUUCAAUAUUAAGUAGUACAAGUCUAGAAAAACUUGAAUAUUUAAUGGCACAUCAUCCAGAAACAGAACGUCGUCAAAAUGAUCUGAUCAAUAAACGAAAAAUCUAUGAUGAAACAAUCAAAGAAUUACAAAAUCUUGAACAACAACAGUCAAAUUCAAAUACGGCUUAA